AUGAUCACUCAUGUUGCCUCCUUGUUGCUUUCCUCAGGUACAUUACCGGGCACGUCCAUGAAUUCUUGUAAUGCCACGCAGGGCCACCCACCUUUCUUCAUUCUCCAAGGCAUUCCUGGGAUGGAGGACAAACACAGGUGGAUAUCUAUCCCCUUCUCCUCCAUGUACUUCGUCACAGUGCUUGGGAACUGCACCAUCCUCUUCACCAUCUCUACAGAGCGCUCGCUUCACAAGCCCAUGUUCCUGCUCCUCUACCUGCUGGCCCUCACGGAUCUGGGCAUGUCCACCACCACCAUCCCCAAGGUGCUGUGCAUCUUCUGGUUUGGACAGAGUAAGAUCAGCUAUGAAGGCUGCCUGACCCAGCUUUUCUUCAUCCACUCCAUCUCUGCCAUGCAGUCAUCUAUUCUGAUGACCAUGGCCUUGGAUCGUUAUGUGGCCAUCUGUGAGCCCCUGCGUUACGCCACUAUCCUCUCCAAUAGUCGUAUUGGCCUCAUCGGCAUAGUGAGUUUGCUGAGAGCCAUCCUCUUUAUUCUCCCCAUGCCCAUUCUCCUCCAGAAGAUGCCCUUUCGUGCCAAUCAUGUCAUUCCUACCACCUACUGUGAGCACAUGGCUGUGGUGAAGAUGGUAUGUGUAGACACCACUAUCAACCGGAUAUAUGGUUUGGUGGUGGCUUUGUUGGUGGUUGGGCUAGACAUCUCAGCUAUUGCCUCAUCUUAUGUGCUAAUCAUCCGGGCUAUACUACAUCUGUCUUCUAAGGAAGCCCACCUCAAAGCAGUCAACACCUGCACCACACACAUCUGUGUCAUGCUUGUGUCUUACACUCCCUCACUUUUCUCUUUUCUCACUCAUCGUUUUGGUCGAGGCAUCCCACCCCAUAUCCACACCAUUCUAGGUAACCUUUACUUCCUUGUACCUCCAAUGCUCAACCCUAUUAUUUAUGGAGUGAAAACCAAGGAGUUUCGGGACAAAGUGAUCAAAUAUGGUUGCUGGAAGAAGGAGCCUGUCACCAUUGCCCAUGGUUAG